CGCGCACAUGGGCUCGCGGAAGUAAUACGACAACGCGGGUGGGGUUUGGGAGCGAAACGGACGCGAGCGAAGAGCCUCGGGCUUUAUUCUACGGCGCGAGGCGUUCGGUUUCUCUGGUCCGGUAGAGAGCGAGACGGGAACAGAUGAUUGAUGUCGCGGCGGCACAGCCGCCAGUUUCGUCCGUGUUUACCGGGGAGUCGCAACUGCAACAAAGGGACCUUUCCAAAUUAUUUCUCUCAAUGAGAUGUUUAUUCGAAACGGCCAAAGAGGAUCGUAGGGCUGAAGAUGGCUUGCUGCGUAUAGCUUAACGAUGUUUACUUCCAGCAAGAAUUGGUUUUAGGAUUACCUAAGGAAACAAAGGCGGCAAAGAACAAUAUUGCUCUCAACUGGCUGGUCAGAAUAAUGACUAACGCGCAAGAUAUGUCUCCUGAUUUUGUUUUGAUGCGCUUGGUUUCUGCAGCGGAACAUGAUCAUUUGGAUGAGGAGGAUAUACUGUCGAGAGGCGGAGUGAUUCCCGGAUUCGGGAAAUCAGUCUUGGGGCAUCAUCGCCACAAUAUCGGCAAUGGAUUCAGAUUUGAUCGCGGCAACUCGACCGCGGGCCCGGCGACUCUUGAUCCGAGUCAUUCACAGCAAGAAAGCGGCACGGGGACGCUCGACGACGGCGCAACGGCGAUUCGACCCGCGCUGUCUCGCACGCCUCCGCCCCCCGACUUCUCCGUGUCCCCGCGCUUCGAGUUCCCGCACGGCGCGACUAAAGGUUCGCGAGCGCAGCUCAUGGUGUUCCAGAGCCUCCUUCGCCCGGGCGACGGGGUUUUGGAAUGCGGCGUCGAGGAGCCUCGUGAUUCUGACAAGCAGGGCGUUAGUGGUGUCAGUUUACCGCGCGGUGCUGUCAGCGAUACUACAAACUACGGCACAGACACGCACCAGAGCCAUGCAAUUCAGAGAUUUCAGUGGACUCCCGUUCUCAAACUUACUAAGGUGGACGCAAAUGAGGCUCAGGAAGGGUUGUGUCAGAGGCAUCGCCUUAUCUCAGAUACUCCAGAAUGGGUACCUCUAGGGGAUAAAACACUGCACUUCGGUACAACUCACGCUCACAAGCCAGUCAAUGCUACAGGCUCUUGCAUUGAGGAUCCUGUCCUUCAUCUUGCCAGGCGGCUCAGAGAGCUCGGACAGGGCUCGGAUGUUUUACGGAAGGACGGGGACAUCCCCCUCUGCUCCUGCAAGAGUGUUCUGGCAUCAGCCACCAGAGCUCACCCCGGAGAGGACCCAAGUGAGACCAGCGAUGCCCUGUUGGUCUUGGAGGGUUUGGGUGCUGAGGAAGUUGAGCUGAGCCCUACGGUCUGCCACAGUGAAGGACUAAAGCGCAGUUCUGUUGGGCAGCCGUUUUCCCAGCAUGGCGGCGAUGGUGUUGACAGCUCCCUCAGUGGCCUCAUGCAGCAGGUCCAGUGUCUUGCGGGGGGUGGCUCCUGCACCUCCCAACCCAGCCCAGCUGUCCCCGAUUCCAGCGGUUCACCCAGCAGACCCCUGACUGACUGCCCCGUCCUCCCACUCUCGGGUCCUCUCCCUCAGGACACAGCAGGUGUGACCGCCCCUCUGAGCCGACCCCCCACGCCCAAGCACGUAGGCUCCCCUCUGGACCUGAUGACCUGCAGAGGCCAGGACGCACAUAGAGGCAGCCGGGUGAAGUCCAGGAAGGGCUCACUGAAGGUGUGCCUGAGCAAACUGUUCCGCACCAAAAGUAGCAGCAGCAGUAGCAACGUGGGUCACGGGACAGAGAAGCGGCCGUCCCUGGACUCAUCCACCUCAUCUACGGGCAGCCUGGUGGAUGUGUGGGGCGCCUCCAGCCUGGAGCCCGAUACUGGCAGCAGGUCUCUGCUAGCCAGGCCCCAAAGUGCUUGCUUCCUGGUUCCCUUCACUGGUGAGACUAUGUCCCUGGUUGAUGUGGAUAUUUCUCGAAGGGGGGCAAACUCUCUUCAUCCACCUACUCCUCCUCCUCCUCCCAGGAGAAGCCUCAGUCUGCUGGACGACUUCAGAGGGCGUCCGCCCGGCAUGUCCCGGCAGUCUCUCUCCCUACCCCCUCCCACCCACACCUCCAUGCAGCAAAGUCUCAGUCUCAACGAUACCUUCCUGUGCAGCGUACCACAGCCCGUACCGCACCAGCCCGACAGUCGAUCGGCCACGCAGUUGGAACAGCGCCCCCUGCUGUGCCCGCUAAGCCGACCGGACGCCGGCAACUUCGCUACCAGCCUGAGAGAGUUAGAGAAGUGUGGCUGGUACUGGGGACCCAUGAACUGGGAGGAUGCUGAGAUGAAGUUGAAACACAAGCCGGACGGUUCAUUCCUAGUGCGCGACAGUUCGGACCCACGCUACAUCCUCAGCCUCAGCUUCCGCUCGCAGGGCGUCACACACCACACUCGCAUGGAGCACUACAGAGGUACUUUCAGUCUGUGGUGUCACCCCAAGUUUGAGGAUCGUUGCCAUUCUGUUGUCGAGUUCGUUGAGCGGGCCAUCAUGCACUCAAAGAAUGGCAGGUUCCUGUAUUUCUUGCGCUCUCGUGUUCCUGGUCUGCCGCCGACUCCUGUGCAGCUCCUCUAUCCGGUCUCUCGGUUUAGCAGUGUUAAGUCCCUGCAACAUCUCUGCCGUUUCUGUAUCCGCCAGCUGGUCCGUGUAGACCACAUCCAGCAGCUCCCUCUCCCCACACCUUUAAUAGUGUAUUUGCGAAAAUUUUAUUUCUAUGAUCCUGAGGAGGAGAAGUACUUGUCGGGGCGGGACAGAGGUGUCACACAGGAGUCGGAGCUUCACACGUAGCAUUAAGAGAAAACCGGAUAAAAAGUCUUUAUUUUUGUGGAUGGGUACUGUGGUUAGGGCUGGACACUGGAUUAAUGAAAUUUGA